AUAAGAAUUUACAUUAUUUACUAAAUGUUCGCCCUUUUUCGUAGAAAUCGAUUGUAAAUAUCACGUGACUUCCCUGAAAUCGAAUUCCGAGAGAAGUUUUUCUUGUCAGAUCACUUCAAUGCGUUGCGGUGUCGUGAAAUAUUAUCAUUCGUUCUUUGUGUCACAUACGCACGAACAAUUUAGCCAAAAAAAUGUCCGAUACAGAAGAAGAAGAGGCAAUAGAAACCUCCUCAAGGCUACAAGCUCGUCCAUACCAAACAGAAUUGCUGAACAAAGCCAUGGAGCGCAAUAUCAUCGUUUGUUUAGGAACUGGAACAGGAAAGACCUUUAUUAGCGUCUUGUUGAUCAAAGAAUUAGCUCAUCAGAUCAGAAGAGAAUUUAAAAAUGGUGGAAAAAGAACUUUCUUUCUCGUGAAUACAGUUCCCUUGGUAUUUCAACAAGCAAAAGUCAUAAAAGACAAUACCAACCUACAAAUAGGGGAAUAUGUAGGCGAGAUGGGAGUAGAUUUCUGGCAUGAUGUGGAAUGGAAGAAGCAACUGGAAAAUCACGAGGUCCUGGUCAUGACUGCACAGAUUUUCGUGGAUCUUCUUGGACAUGCACGAAUUUCCUUGUCAAAAGUCAACUUAAUCGUGUUUGAUGAAUGUCAUCAUGCUAAGAAGGAGCAUCCAUACGCACAGGUAAUGAAGUAUUUUCAAGGACUUGAUGAUUCACCAAGAAUACUCGGGCUGACUGCUUCUGUUGUCAACGGAAAAGUUAAGCCAUACAAAAUUGAAAGCGAAAUUCAAAAUUUAGAGGCCAUUUUGAGAGCUGCAUGUGAGACAUCAAGUGAUGAAGAAGUCAGWAAGUUUGCGACAAAACCUGAAGAAAAGGUUUGUUUCUACGAAAAAGAGGGAGACGAUAAGUUAGAAGAUGAAGUGUUUCAGGAAGUUCUAGGGCCUUGGGAGGAGUUUCUUUUUGACUACAGAAGCAGUAGUGAAGUUCAUAAACUUGCAAAAGCUAUCGUCACGGAAUGCAUCGACACAACACAUGCACUGGGAUGGUCUGCAUGUAACCGCUUGGCAGAAUACUUUCUGGAAGAUGUUGAGAAGAGAGAGCGUCGUCCUGACAUUCAAACUGAGGAUCAGUUGUUAAUACAAUAUUCAGCUACUCAACUACGACAGCUUCAGAGGAUUUACAAAGAAAAUACUGUGGAGACUUUGGACAUCGACACUGAAAAUAUAUCUCCAAAAGUCUUGAGCCUUAUUGGAAUCUUGAAAAAGUAUGGUCCAAGGCAAGAUCCUCGGCAAAGUGAUCUAUGUGGGAUUGUUUUUGUUGAAAAGAGAUCUACUGCUGCCUUACUGAGUGAUUUGCUCAAUCGUCUCGCAAACAAAGACGAACAGCUCAGCUUCAUGAAAUGUAACUUUGUUGUUGGACACGGCUCUGUUGGUAGCGCAGCCACCAGCCAUGAUAUGAGCUGGAAAAAACAAGAGGACAUUUUGAGAAAAUUUCGAAGGCAUGAAUUCAACCUUCUCAUUGCUACUAGUGUAGUGGAGGAAGGUCUGGACGUUCCAAAGUGUAAUCUUGUGGUCAGAUUCGACUUCCCGAAAACCUUUCAGUCGUAUGUCCAGUCAAAAGGUAGAGCCAGAGCAAAACCAUCAAAAUACAUCAUUCUUGCGUCCAGAUCUGAAGACCAGGCAGAGUUAGAGAUGUAUCGCGCAAUUGAAGAAUAUCUUACGAGUCAAUGCCACGAUCGUCCAUCACCAGAUGAUGAAGACAGUUGUGAUGCCGUAAAUACAGACCUGCUACCUCCUUAUAAAACUAGUAAAGACGCGACACUUAGAAUGAGUAACAGCAUCUCCAUGCUGAACAGGUAUUGUUCCAAGCUUCCAAGGGACAGUUUCACUCCUUUGUAUGCUGACUUUAACAUUGAAGGCGUUGGAAAUGAGGCUUUUCAGGCCACGGUUAAACUGCCAAUCAACUGCCCCAUAAAAGAAAAACUCAAGGGAGAUGUCAUGCCCAGCAAACAACAGGCCAAAAUGGCGGUUGCAUACAAGGCCUGUAAACAACUCCACGAAAGCGGCGAAUUAGAUGACUACCUUCUUCCUGUAGAAGACCUGUCUUCAGAUGAAGACAGUGAUGAAAAUAUGGAUGUGGRCGCAAUGGACGGCCAGAAACCCAAACGUGGAACAAAACGCAGCAAACAGACCUACCAGCGAAAAGUACCCGAGGUGUUCAAAAACAGCUUACCUAAACCAGGAAGAAGAUAUUUCUUGUACUCCUUCACCAAAAAGCAACCAUCAAUUGAGCAAAAUACAUUUGUGAAAUUUGGAAUAAUGUUGAACUCAAAGCUACCUGAGAUUCGUCCAUUUAUAAUCUACCAAGAAGAUGGCACAGAAAUGGUAGUCUCGACUCAUGAGUGUUCUUUAAGUACAACUAAACUGUCAAAGACCGACAUCUCCCUCAUCGAUAAGUUCCACAGCCAACUCAUUUCUGAGCUGCUAAGAAUGCCCUGCGAGUCAAAGUCCGCUAUGAAUGAUGGUUAUUACAUUGUCCCGUUAUCGUGGAAUUCUGGUCAAGCAACYAUUGACAUGGAAGAAAUAGGCAAAAUAAGGCACAAGUCAAAAACUAUGGACAUAAGCUUUCUGCAAGAACAUGAAUCAYUGAUAACUCCCCAUCACAGACGCAACGAGAGAUUCAUUGUUGAAGAAAUUUGUACGCAUCUUAGCCCUUCAAGUGGUUUUCCAGAGAGAGCUAAAGCCAAGACGUACGAUGARUAYUUCMGGACAAACUACGAUUUAACAACAACGAAUCGUCGACAGCCAUUACUCCUUGUCAAACGCUUCCCAGAGAGAAUCAAUUUUCUUGUCAACCGCAAGAAAACGAAGCGAGAAGUCAAAGAAUCAAGAAAAGAUAUUCAUUUUAUUCCUGAGCACUGYUCUCUCCAUCCUUUCUCGGCGUGCUUUCUACACGACGCAGCUGUACUUCCAUCCAUUCUCCACAGAAUUACUUCACUUCUACUAGUGGAGGAAGUCAUUCAACUCAUCGCGAAUGACUGCUCACAGAUGAAGAUAACUCGAUCAAAAUGKCAAUCACAUGGCCAAGCACAUCUCUCACCGAUCGGUAAAGCAAACGUUAAGAUCAGCARUAAWCACCUACAAGAAUGGUUCUCGAGCAAUUCUCAGAGGGAUGUUWCUUGUGUUGACACGUUUCUUGUUCUACAAGCUAUGACGACAAAAGGCGCUGGAGAUGCCUUCGACUUGGAGCGUCUAGAAAUGCUGGGCGACGCGUUUCUUAAGCAGGCUGUAUCAAUUCACCUUUACUGCAGUUAUCAGAACAACCACGAAGGCAAGCUUACAAAGCGUAAAGUAAAAGAGAUCAGUAAUUUAAACCUUUAUAARGCRUCCAAUCGCAAGGGACUUCCUUUGUUCAUGCAGAAUACAGUACUUGAUCGGAAGACAUGGCUGACUCCAUCUCUCUAUCACGUGAUUCAAUCAAGCAGCAGUUCUAUCAAUAAGAUGAAGAAACUUAAACUUGACGAAGACGGCGAAAGAUGUGGUAUAUCAGAGCAGUGCAUCUCAGACAAGUCAGUUGCUGACAGCAUCGAAGCAUUGAUCGGUGCUUAUCUGAUAUCUUGUGGAUACAAAGGAGCACUAACCUUCUUGGAAUUUCUGGGAAUCAAGGUUUACCCAGAAUCUGACAUGGAUGAAAGUCACACUUCGUCAAAAUAUGCAAAUUUUGGAACACAGAAAAUAAUUCCUCUUACUGAUGAUCCUAAACUACKCGAGGACAUGUCCGAGGAACUGAAGGGCUUUGAAAAAASUCUAAAAUACAAGUUUCAAGAUAAAAUGUUUCUUCUUCAAGCGCUGACCCAUGCCUCACACCAAUACAACACUCUGGCUCCUGACUGCUAYCARAGACUGGAGUUCCUUGGUGACGCGGUGUUGGACUUCCUGGUGACAGAGUGUUUAUACUCAAACAAUCCCAAUCUUUCUCCAGGGGAACUAACAGACUUACGGCAAGCAUUGGUUAAUAACAAUAUUUUCGCUAAGAUUGCUGUUGAGCACGACUACCACAAGUAUCUCAAGUACACUUCACCGGAUUGGUUCAGGAAAAUCAACUCGUUUGUCCAGCAACUCGAAGAUGAUCGAAAGGAAGGCAAACCUCAGGUCGACGAGGAUCCCUUUGUAAUCAUGUCUGAUAAUGACGAUGGUGCAGUAGAGGCUCCUAAAGUCCUUGGUGACGUCUUUGAGUCUGUUGCUGGUGCGGUAUUCCUGGACAGCGGUAUGGACGUGGUCAAGACAUGGAAAGUGUACCAUCGUAUGAUGAAGCCUUACAUUGAUUAUUACUCAAAACAUGUGCCUUACAAUCCCAUUAGAAAGGUUCACGAGAAUGAUACU